GGCCUAUUGAGAACAAAGUACAACUGCUUAAAUAGUUUCCAACUGUUUCAGAGUAUUGUCUAGUACCGUUAAUUCCUGUUUGAGGUGUCCAUAGUCUUUUUUUGUCUGUUUUUGUGAGCAUUGCUAUUCUGGCAGUCACUAUCCGUGCAGUGAAAAGUUGAAUUGGUUAAAAUGGAUGAAGUGAAUGGAGAUACACUGCAGCCACUGUCUCUGAAGGAGUACCACGUCUCGGAGGAAUAUGGCUUUGCUCUGCCUGACCCAUUGGAAGUCUUGCCUCCAUAUUAUCAACCUUGGAUGGAAAUAGCCAGAAAUGUGACUGAGCUCAUCUAUUCACAUUCCCUACGGGACCAUGUGCAUGAGAUGCCGGAGCUGGAGACGGAGCUGCUGCUGGACCACAGGGAGCUGCGCCUGGCCCACCUCGCCCUCAGCAUCAUCACCAUGGGAUACGUCUGGCAGGAGGGGGACAACCAGAUAGUCAAGGUGUUGCCUCGGAACCUAGCAGUGCCAUACUGGUCCGUAUCACAGAAGCUGGGUCUCCCUCCCAUCCUGACCCAUGCAGAUGCUGCCCUAGCCAACUGGAAGAGAAAGGACCCCCAUGGUGCCACCCCUGUAGGAAUGUGGAAUCUGCUGUUCUACCUCCCUGGUGGCUCCACGGCUGUCCCUCAGGUCAUCAACGGGGUCAAUCAAGGUGACGUUGCCAUGGCAACCGAGGCUCUGAACUCCAUCAGCGUGUCCUUGGAUGACAUGGUCGAAGCUCUCAAGUUGAUGCACCAAGUCAGAUCAUUGGCACUGAAUAGAGGGGACGCCAUGGGUACUACUCCGAAGUGA